AUGUGUGAUAUAUUUUCAAAGGCAGUGACCUAUGAUGAUGUGCAUAUCAACUUCACUCAAGAAGAGUGGAAUUUGCUGAAUCCUUCCCAGAAAAAUCUCUACAAGGAUGUGAUGUUGGAGACCUUCAGGAGCCUAGCUACUAUAGGUAAAAAGGCACCCUAUGAAUAUAAUCAGUUUAGUAAAGCCUUUGCUCAAUACAGUGUUCUUCAAACACAUAAAAAAACACAAACUGGAGAAAAACCCUAUGAAUGUAAUCAGUGUGGUAAGACCUUUGCAAAAAACAGUACUCUUCAAACUCAUAAAAGAACACAUACAGGAGAGAAACCCUAUGAAUGCAAUCAGUGUGGUAAGGCCUUUUCACAACACAGUACUCUUCAAACCCAUAAAAGAACACAUACAGGAGAGAAACCCUAUGAAUGCAAUCAGUGUGGUAAGGCCUUUGCACAACGCAUUCAUCUUCAAAUACAUAAAAGAACACAUACAGGAGAGAAACCCUAUGAAUGUAAUCAGUGUGGUAAGGCCUUUGCACAUCAUAGUACUCUUCAAACCCAUAAAAGAGCGCAUACAGGAGAGAAACCCUAUGAAUGCAAUCAGUGUGGUAAGGCCUUUGCAGUUCACAGUCAUCUUCAAGUGCAUAAAAGAACACAUAGUGGAGAGAAACGUUAUGAAUGUGAUCAGUGUGGUAAGGCCUUUUCUCGACACAGUGAUCUUCAAAACCAUAAAAGAACACAUACUGGAGAGAAACCCUAUGAAUGCAAUCAGUGUGGUAAGGCCUUUGCACAUCAUAGUACUCUUCAAACCCAUAAAAGAGCGCAUACAGGAGAGAAACCCUAUGAAUGCAAUCAGUGUGGUAAGGCCUUUGUAGUUCACAGUUAUCUUCAAAUACAUAAAAGAACACAUACUGGAGAGAAACCCUAUGAAUGCAAUCAGUGUGGUAAGGCCUUUGCAAUUUACAGUCAUCUUCAAGUGCAUAAAAGAACACAUACUGGAGAGAAACCCUAUGAAUGCACUCAGUGUGGUAAGGCCUUUGCUCGACACAGUCAUCUUCAAAUACAUAAAAGAACACAUACAGGAGAGAAACCCUAUGAAUGCAAUCAGUGUGGUAAGGCUUUUGCUCAACACAGUGGUCUUCAAAAGCAUAAAAGAACACAUACUGGAGAAAAACCCUAUGAAUGCAAUCAGUGUGGUAAGGCCUUUGCUCAACACAGUGGUCUUCAAAAGCAUAAAAGAACACAUACUGGAGAAAAACCCUAUGAAUGCAAUCAGUGUGGUAAGGCCUUUGCUCAACACAGUGGUCUUCAAAAUCAUAAAAGAACACAUACUGGAGAGAAACCCUAUGAA